CAAGCAUACUGGCAUCUUCGUCCACGUGGCGCCCACGUCGAGAGGACAAGAGAAGUCGUCUCCACUACCGUCACUCCGUGGCGGAGCCCGUCGGAAUCCCUAACCCGCCCAACGCAACCGAACAAGCUUUUCAUACGGGUGGGUCCCGCACGUAGCCAAGGACGGCCGUAGGAAAAGCGUGUCGAUCAAUUCUUCUUACGACUCACAACCUUCUAUGGCGAAGGGAGAGGUUAGCGGCGGUGGGGGCCACCGAAACGCUUGGUGAUGAUUGGCUGGAUCCCCUCGACCGCGCGCCGUGCGCCGCAUCGAAUCCGAGCUGGAAGAGAUGAGGGGGAUACCCUAUCUGCCGUUUCUCGUGUUGGGGCACUCUUCGAUCGCCCGCUCUCUCGAAGAGGAUUCCUGGAUCUUCCUUCGCCAUCUUCCAACCCUCUCUCGAUUUCAUCCGUGGGAGACACAAUGGUGACAAUUGCUCUCCCAUCUUCCUGUAUGCUCAAGAGCAGCUCCAAGGGCUGGCUUUCUUCUGUGUUGAUUAGGAGUCCAUCCUCGCUUAGCUCCUUGAGGUGUAUCACAAAAACAUCAAGCUUAAGGAUGGCCAACCGCUUCAGGGCAUCGGCUAUGGCCGUUUACAAGGUGAAGCUCAUUGGACCAGAGGGGCAGGAGCAUGAAUUUGAUGCUCCAGAUGAUGCCUACAUUCUGGACUCAGCUGAGACGGCAGGAGUGGAGCUGCCGUACUCAUGCCGUGCCGGUGCGUGUUCCAGCUGUGCAGGCCAGAUGGUGUCUGGUGCUGUUGAUCAGUCAGAUGGAUCCUUCCUUGAUGAUUCACAGAUUUCAAAGGGUUACAUGCUGACUUGUGUUGCCUAUCCCAUGUCAGAUUGUGUCAUUCAGACACACAAGGAAAGUGAUCUGUACUGAUGGCCGUUGAUCAGUUUGUUGUGCUUCACUCUUCCUUUGGUUUGAACCUUAUCAGACUGUAUUGUGGGUCAGGUUUUUGUUGCGUUCAAGAAUCUGCUGUUUCUUACAAGGAUUUUAAUCUCAAUAGUUUGUUCCCAGCAUCAUAUUCCUAUGCUCCAUCUAAUUCCAGAUGGAUAAGAUAGUUUCUUCUUUA